AUGCAGGCAGUGCGGCCAGAAGCGACGACGGACGACGUCUUUACCGCUGACUGUGACGUAUCCGCCUCGUUCACCUUACCUCCUGUGGCGUCGAUCUCCUUGAAGCCGUCUGUCAGCAGUCCCACUGACGACGACGUCAAUGCUGACGAUGACGACCACAUUUUCUCUUUCAAGGAGUUUCUGGAGAAGGCUCGAGAGGACUUCAAACAGCGAUGGGAGAAUCCAGCUCAGAACACCGCAACCCUCGAUGAUUUCGAUCGUAUCAAAACGCUGGGAACCGGCUCAUUCGGGAGGGUUGUGAAACUGAAACAAGUGGAGCAUACGUUGAACGAGAAACGAAUUCUUCAAGCGAUCGAUUUUCCGUUUCUCGUCAACAUGCAGUACUCCUUUAAGGUGAAAUUCCCGUCACAUUUCUCUAACGAGCUCAAGGAUUUGCUGAAGAAUCUGCUUCAAGUCGAUCUGACAAAACGUUUUGGUAAUCUGAAGAACGGCGUCGCUGAUAUCAAGAACCACAAAUGGUUCGGCAGCACCGACUGGAUAGCGAUCUAUCAACGAAAGAUCACUCCGGCGUCAUUCUCCAAAUGUGAGCCAGGACGUCUUUUCGAGGCUCUCUAUCCACGUGUCGAAGGACCAGCUGACACUCGACACUUCGUCGAGGAAGUCAAAGAGGACGAGAACUGGACUAUCGCCGACGAGAAUCACCACGCGCCUUUCCUUCCGAAAUGUCGCGGUCCAGGCGAUGCAUCGAACUUCGACGACUACGAGGAAGAGCCGUUACGUAUUUCGGGCACCGAGAAGUGUUCCAAGGAGUUUGCCGAAUUUUAA